CAGAGACGGGAUAGUCUUCAACUAAACUCUUAUCAAAACCUCAUGCAUGAGCACAGCAUUAAUCAAACCUGUAUUCAAUCCCAUGGAUACACCUCCAUCCUCCACCCUCUUCCCCUCUUUACUCCUCAUAUCACUUCUCUGCUUUCUCCUCUUGUGGCACGGCGGCGCCGAUUUGCCACUCUAUCAAAUCUGCGGUGACACCGGCAACUACACCGCCAAGAGUACCUACCAGUCCAACCUCCAUCAGCUCCUGGCCUCCCUCCCCUCCUUAGCCUCAGUCUCCGACGGCUUCUCCAAUAUUGCCAGCACAGGCAAGUCCCUCGAUCAGGUGUUUGGCCUCGCCCUCUGCCGCGGCGACGUCAACGCCACCAACUGCCGCACCUGCCUGGACGUAGCUCCCAGUGACAUCCUGCAGCUCUGCCCGUACGACAAAGCGGCCGUCAUCUGGUACGACGACUGCCUCCUCAGGUAUUCCAACCAAAACUUUACCUCCGCCUUCAACAACUCCGAGCAGGUCGUCAUCUUGAAUACCCAAAGCAUAGCGGGCGGGAGGUUUCCCGGGUACACCCAGAACACCACCAUUUACGACUUCUUCAAGCAAGUGGUGAACACUCUACUGAGUCACGUAGCCGAUUCGGCUGCGUCGAAUUCGAACUCCGGAAAGCUUUUCGCCACCGGUGAAUCGACCAUCACGAACGCCUUUCUGACAAUAUACGGGUUAGUUCAGUGCGCUCCGGACAUGUCGGGCCCCGAGUGUCGCCAGUGCCUUCAGGGCCUCAUCAGCGAGAUGUUACGGAGGUUCGACGGGCGGCAAGGGGGACGAAUUCUCGGCGUCUGGUGCAAUUUGAGAUAUGAAGUGUAUCCGUUCUAUAAUGGGAAUUCGACGAUAAGGCUUUCUUCUGUUGCACCGGGGGACCUCUUCGGUACUCUGCAACCUCCCAGCACUCGGCCAGGCACAGGGUGGGGAAAAAGUAAGCUUCGCAUUAUUAUUAUAACUAUAUGCCCCACCGUAUUCCUUAUUUCUUGCCCCCUUCUGUGUCUCUUGUGUAUAAAAAGGCGAAGACGAACAGAAAGGGCAAAGUUGGAUCACCCUCGACCAACUUUCAAUUUUGAUACUGAUGAAGUAAUUAGGCUUUGGAAGAGUGAAGAAAGCAGUUCCGAAUUCUCAUUAUUUGACUUUCCUACAAUAGCGAACUCCACAAACAAUUUCUCCAUCGAAAGCAAACUUGGCGAGGGUGGUUUUGGGCCUGUUUACAAGGGGCUAUUAUCGAAUGGACUUGAGAUAGCAGUAAAGAGACUCUCUCCACAUUCGGGCCAAGGUCUGUUGGAAUUCAAGAAUGAGAUUCAACUUAUAGCAAAACUUCAACAUCGAAAUCUCGUAAGGCUAUUAGGUUGCUGCAUUCAAGGAGAAGAGAAAAUACUAAUCUACGAAUACAUGGCAAAUAAAAGCUUAGAUUUCUUCCUCUUUGAUCAAACAAGAGGCGCAACAAUAGAUUGGCAAAAGCGCUUUACUAUUGUUGAAGGGAUAGCUCAAGGACUUCUUUAUCUUCACAAGCACUCUCGGCUGCGAAUUAUCCAUAGAGAUCUAAAGGCAAGCAAUAUUCUCUUGGAUAGUGAGAUGAACCCUAAGAUAUCUGAUUUUGGCUUAGCUAGAAUCUUCGGUUCCAAUGAAACUCAAGCAAACACAAACAGGGUUGUUGGCACAUAUGGUUACAUGUCUCCCGAAUAUGCUUCUGAGGGUCUUUUUUCAGUCAAAUCUGAUGUUUUUAGUUUUGGUGUCUUGCUUCUCGAGAUCGUUAGUGGAAAGAGAAAUGCCGGUUUUCACCAAUACGGAAAUUAUCUUAACCUCCUCGGAUAUGCAUGGGAGGUUUGGAAAGGAGGGAAAUGGUCUGAACUAAUAGAUCCAUCGCUAGAUGGUCGUUCCGAAACAUAUGAGGUAGUAAGAUGUAUUCAUUUGGCACUAAUGUGUGUUCAAGAAAAUGCAGCUGAUCGACCCACAAUGUCGGAUGUGAUUGCGAUGCUAAGCAGCGAUAGUACGAGCCUACCAGAUCCGAAGCAACCGGCUUACUUCAAUAUGAGAAUCAAGGAUGAAGCAGAGAUGGCAUCCGAUUUCAUCGUGCCUGUCAGCGAAAAUGAAAUUACUUUUACUGGUCCAGAAGGUCGAUAAUGCUACUUUGGUUGCCUUCUUUCUGUGUGUUUUUUUAAUUGGUUUACUUUUCAAGAUAUUAAAGUUCAUACCGGUAUUAUCGCUAAUCCCAUUGUCGUAUAAAAUAAAGCGAAUUGGGUUGAAAAGCGAGAGAAAAAGUUACUUCCAAAUGUUGGCUGUAUAACUACUCCAGAAAGGAAGUAGCAACUUGGUUGUAAUUAAUUAAGCAUGAACCUAUUAUAAUUGUUUGGACCAUUUUAAUCUUUCAAUAUCUUGAUUGUGUUAUUAA